AUGGCUAAAGUCUCUUUCAUCUUUGUCGCUAUCGCUUUAAUCACAGGCAAUGUCCUUUGCCAAUCUGACGCUACUUAUGCUGUAAGCUCCUCUGCUCCAGGCUAUAAGAUCAAUGGAGAUGUCAAGCACACUGAAGGUGGUCUUCAAAUCCCCCUCUCAUUCAAUGCUCAUGGCAACAAAAAGACAGGUGUAGAUACCUUUGGUAAAACCAUCAAGGAGCUCGUUGUUGAUGUUGAAUAUGAAACUGAAGAGAGACUCCACGUCAAGAUCUCUGAUAAAGCCAAGAAGCAAUAUCUUGUACCUGAUUCUCCUUUGGGUUUUGAACGUCCUCAAAUCAAGCAUUAUGCUUCUUCAAAAGAUAGAAACUUGGACUUCCAAUACACUGCUAAACCUUUCAACUUUAAGAUUGUCCGCAAAAAUGACAAGGCUACUAUCUUUGAUACUUCCAACUUGCCUUUUGUUUUUGAAGAUCAAUAUUUGGAGCUGUCUACUUCUGUCCCCAAAGAUGCCAACAUCUACGGCUUCGGUGAGGUUACUGCUCCUUUCAAACGUACUACUAAUGUCACCACCAUCUGGGCUCGUGAUAAUGCCGAUGACUUCUACCGUAACAUCUAUGGUGCACACCCUUACUACCAAGAAGUUCGCGACGGAAAGGCCCACGGCGCUCUGUUGAUGUCUUCUCAUGGUAUGGAUGUCAUUACCACUGAAGGCCGCAUCACGUACAAGGUCAUUGGUGGUGUUCUCGACUUUUACUUCUUUGCUCCCAAGUCUGGUACUCCCAACGAUCUCAGUAUCGCUUACACCGACUUGAUUGGUAAGCCCAUGAUGCCCUCCCACUGGAUGCUUGGUUGGCACCACUGCCGUUAUGGUUACUCCAAUAUCUCUGCUCCUGAAACCGUCAAGAGAAAGUACAAGGAAGCUAAUAUCCCUCUUCAAACAUUGUGGGUUGAUAUCGAUUACAUGGACCAAACCAAAGAUUUCACUUUUGAUAAUGUCAACUUCCCUCAAGACAAGAUGAUCGCUUUGGGCGAACAGCUCCACAAGGAUGGCCAAAACUACGUUGUCAUGGUGGAUCCCGCUAUCAGUGCCAACUCUACUUAUGAGCCCUAUGUCAGAGGUACUGAUAUGGAUGUCUGGAUCAAGAAUGCUGAUGGUUCUGAUUACAUUGGUCAAGUCUGGCCUGGUUACACUACUUUUCCUGAUUGGUGGCACCCUAAUGCUACCAAGUACUGGAACAAGGAAAUCAUUGACUUUGUUGAUUUGCUGGGUGUGGAUGGUCUCUGGAUUGAUAUGAAUGAGCCCUCUAGUUUCUGUCUCGGCUCUUGCGGCACAGGCAAGGUUGAUGCCGGUAAUCAGCCUUAUCGAUGGACAUUACCUCAAGAGGAGCAAGACAAGAACCAUGCGCUCCAAGAAGAAGCAUUGAAGAAGAUGGGUAAUCCUCCUGGAGAAGAACGUAACCUCUUAUACCCCAAGUACGCUAUCAACAACGGUGCUGGUAACCUGUCUGAACUCACUGUUGCUACCACUGCUCUCCAUUAUGGCAAUGUCCCUCACUACGAUAUCCACAACCUCUAUGGUCAUGCUGAAGGCUACAUCACUCGCAAUGCUCUCAUCAAGAAAAAUAAAAAGGUCAGACCUUUUGUCUUGACCAGAUCUAGCUUUGUUGGUAGUGGUAAGAAUGUUGGUCACUGGACCGGUGAUAAUCACUCAUUGUGGUCUUACCUCAAGAACUCCAUUGCUAAUGUCCUCAACUUCCAAAUGUUUGGUGUCUCUUACUCUGGUGCCGAUGUUUGUGGUUUCAACCAAGCUACUACUGAAGAAAUGUGUACUCGUUGGAUGGAACUCGGUGCUUUCUACCCCUUUGCUCGUAACCACAAUGCUAUCGGUGAGCCUGAUCAGGAACCCUAUCUCUGGGAGAGCACUGCUGAGGGUAGUAGAAAUGCUCUCAGCGUUCGUUAUGAGAUGCUCCCUUACUUUUACACUCUCUUUGAAGAAUCCAACCGUUUGGGUCUUGGUGUCUGGCGUCCUCUUAUCUUUGAGUACCCUGCUUAUGAGGAACUUGUCUCCAAUGAUGUCCAAACCUUGAUUGGUUCUGACAUCCUGCUCUCUCCUGUCCUCGAUGAAGGCAAGACCUCUGUCAAGGCUCAGUUCCCUGGUGGUCAAUGGUACGAUUGGUACACUCAUGAACUCACUGUUGAUAACAAGAGCAACAAGAAGGUCAAGACUGCCACUUUGGAUGCUCCUCUCACUCAUAUCCCUAUCCACAUCCGCGGUGGUGCCAUCAUCCCUACCAAGACUCCCAAGUACACUGUUGGUGAGACCUAUGCUACUCCUUACAACCUCGUCAUUGCUCUUGACAGCAAGGGCGAAGCUUCCGGUAGACUUUACAUUGACGAUGGUGAAUCUUUGAAGGUCAAGUCUAGCUCUGAUAUCACUUUCACCUACAAGAAUGGUCAUCUCAAGGCUUCUGGCAAGUUUGGCUAUAAGAAGGCCGAGAAGAUUGGCUCCAUCACCAUCAUUGGCAAGCACACUAGCAAGCUUCAAAAGGCUUAUGUUGGCAAGAAGACUGCCAAGUUGACUCAUGGCAAGAACGAUGUUACUCUUGAAGGUGUCUCAAUUGACUUGAGCAAGUCCUUCUCUAUCGAAUUCGAAUAA